AUGGUGUUCUCGUCUUCCCUUCUCGCGGCUGCUUCGAUUGCCCUAGCCGGCAUUGCCACCGCCAAAGGGCACAAGGUCAACGUGAAUAGACCCCUCGCCGUGACAUCGCCUGAAACCGUGCCUGCUGGAGCUUCACAGGUCGUGCCGCAUGACUUCGCAUCUUUCUCGUUCCCAGCUCACUGGUUUGCGGACUUCUGCGGCAACUCGACGCACCCCAAUCUGUUCUCUCGAGACAUAUUUAAUCUCCUCUAUUCCAAGACCGGCGCCCACCCGUUCAUCCGUGUUGGCGGUACCUCGACCGACCGUGUUUGGUACAAUGCAUCCCAAGAAAUAGCUCUCUAUAACUGGUGGGACCCUGCAGGAAGCUCUACAACCGAGUAUGGCAUACCUGAUAAGGUGUUUAUCGGACCCGCCUUUUUCGACGGCUUCCUCAACUUUCCCGGCUCCCGCUGGUCCUGGCAAGUCAAUUUCGGCAACACCUACGGCGUUGAAGGUGGCCUGGAGAACGCAAUCAAAGUGGCCGGGCUAGUUGUCGAGCACGUCAAAGCGCUCCUAGAGAGCUUUGAGCUUGGAAACGAACCGAACUUGAUGCCUUGGUUCAAUCAUAGGCAUAAGAACUACACGAUGGCCGAGUACGUUCGGGAGUGGAAUGAAUACGCAGAUGCCGUCUCGGAGCUGGUUUUGAAAGGAAAUCCAUACGGCCUGGAAGAAACACGUUUCUUCCAAACUCUUACCACUGCUGGGGCUAGCCAUGAAGAAUGGAGUGUUCAAAAUGCAUUCAAGCACGAUAUCGACUCCAAGGGUCAUGUCAAGUCUGUUUCCUACCACCAGUACGCAGCCAGCAAUCAGCCGUGGGUACGCCUCCAGAACUCGUACAUGAACCACACGGCAAAUUCGGGUAACGUAACGCAAUACUCAGAGGCCGUCGAGUUCUGCCGCUCCUACGAUCCGCCCUUGCCUUUUGUUCUUGGCGAGACAAAUAGCAAUUCGUACAACCUUAAUAUGGGCCACAUUGAGGGAGUCUUUGGCUCUGCCUUGUGGCUCAUAGACCAUCUCCUCAUGGGCAUGGCCACGAACAUUACCCGCUAUAACCUCAUCCAAGGGACUACGUUCGGGUAUACUGGCUGGGUCCCUGUCCCUCGUGACGGCCGUGAUCCCUAUGUGCGCCCCCCCCUCUACGGCCAGAUAUUCGCCGCUGACGUCGUGGGCCAUCAUCCCGAGGUCCAAGUCUAUCCUAUCGAGGGCCUCCCGUGGAACAUGUCCGCCUACGGUAUUUACGAGGCUGGAGAGCUCGCGCGCUACGUUAUUAUCAACUACGACGAGUGGAAUUCGACCACGCCGUAUACGAGGCCCUCGCAAAGAAUCAACCUCGAGGUGCCGUCCCGGGUUAAUCGUGUCGAGAUCAGACGCCUGACUGGGGAUGGAGCCAGCGCUGACGAGGGGAUCCAGUGGGCCGGACAAAGCUGGAAUUACACGGAUGGCAGGCUCGUCAAAAACGGAAGGGAGAAGUUUGAAGUCGCCCGUGCUAGUGACGGAAGAGUGAAGCUGGCCAUCGAAAGCACCGAAGCGGUGAUGGUGUCCUUUAAAAGUCCGGCCUGCAGGCCCCACAGACCCCGAAACUAG